CAUUGGGCUGGAGCCCGAGGCAAUGUUCGCAACUCCGCACGAUAAUUGGAUACACAGAGAGACACGUGCCCCCGUAAACUGCGCUAUCAGCUCAACUCCAGCCUUUUUUUCCCCCCCUCGUCCCCACCUUGCUCCAUACAAGUUUUGAAGACGGUCUCCGACAGACAAGCCAGGGAAGAUGAUGAGGUUUUGCAUCGCCCUGUUCAUCAGUUCCACUCUCGCCCUGGGAUCCAGCGGACAUCUUUGUCAGCCCAAUCCUUGCCAGAAUGGAGGAUCAUGCCUGACUGGAUUAUCCUCGAAUCCCUACGACUGCCUGUGCGUAGAUGGAUUUUCCGGGGAAAACUGCACUGAGGUAGAACAAGGAAGUGGUGUAGAGGAACACACCGGGCAUACGUUGGAAGACUUAAGGUAUAACGAUGUCACUACCUACACCAGAUUUUCAGGCCCUUGUUAUCCUAACCCCUGUAAAAACGGUGGUCAGUGUGAAUUAGUAUCACGUAGAGGUGACGUCUUCAGUGAGUUCAUCUGCAAGUGCCCCGCUGGUUUCCAGGGUGAUUACUGUCAAACAAAUAUCGAUGACUGUGCUUCCCAGCCUUGCAAAAAUGGAGGGAGCUGUGUGGACCUCGAUGCAGAUUACUCAUGCAGUUGUCCGUCUCCGUACAUUGGAAGGUCCUGCCAGCAUGAAUGUGUAUCUGCCCUAGGGAUGGAGGGAGGAGCAAUUGAAGACAAUCAGAUCACUGCGUCCUCCACACACCUGGGAUUCUUGGGCCUAAAACGCUGGCGCCCAGAGCUAGCACGACUUAACAACAAAGGAAUUGUCAAUGCUUGGAGUAUGGCGACCUUUGACCAUAAUCCUUGGUUUCAGGUCGAUCUGCUGAGAAAGAUGCAAAUCACCGGGGUUGUUACCCAGGGUGCCUUGGCUGUAGGCGUACCAGAAUACAUUAAAGCCUUCAAAAUUGCUUAUAGUUUUAAUGGCGUAAACUUCUACACUUUCAAAGACAGUGACGGAAUCACAGAAAAGAUAUUCGCUGGAAAUCGCAACAACAAUGACAAGAAGAGCAAUCUAAUCAACCCCCCCAUCAUCGCUCGGUACAUUCGCCUUGUUCCAGUGGUGUGUCAGAGAGCCUGUACUCUGCGCAUGGAGCUAAUUGGCUGUGAACUGAACGUUUACUUAAACACAACAGGUUGCUCGGAACCACUCGGGAUGAAAUCGAGGCUCAUCAGGGACAGGCAGAUUACUGCUUCAAGUACGUACAAAAUGUGGGGGAUCGACGCUUUCACCUGGGCACCGUGCUUAGCACGGCUGGACAAACAUGGGAAAACCAACGCCUGGACAGCUGAGCUCAACAACCAGUUACAGUGGCUUCAGAUUGAUCUCCUCGUUCCUAAAAAAAUCACUGGCAUCAUUACUCAAGGAGCAAAAGACUUUGGAGUGCACCAGUAUGUGAAAUCCUUUAAAAUUGCCCACAGCAAUGAUGGAAAGUCUUGGACUAUUUACAAAGACAGCAUAACAAAAAAAGAUGAGGUAUUCCAGGGCAACAACGACAACUACAACCACAAACGCAACAUUUUUGACCCACCGUUCUACGCACGGUUUGUCCGGAUCUUGCCUCAGACCUGGCACGAGCGCAUCACUCUCCGUGUGGAGCUGCUGGGAUGUCACGAAUAGACCUUGCUUCUCGCUUGCGAUAGAGGAAUAUUUGAUAUGUAUUCUGCUGAUUGGCAUCACUGUAUUGUACCUCUUAUUCACACUGGAAUGCCAGCUUCAUUUUAUGAUAAUCUCUCCAUUACCACAGACCAGUUACAAUAUUAGAAAGCAAGAAAACCCAUUACAUUUGCAGUGUUCUUCCCCUUCAUUAGUGACCCUUUGACAUUUAGUCCCCACUUCCCUUUGACUUCAGAAUUCUGAUAAAGAAUUCAACGAUUGUUAAGAGUCACUACUGAGUAUCCCUGUUGGCAAAACAAAGCAGAGGAGUGAUAGAGAGGUCAAGUUACCUGUAUAUCUGUGGAGAAUGGUUCCCAACCUGAGGUCCACAGGCCCCUUGGUUAAUGGCAGGGGUCUAUAGUAUAAAAAAGGUCAGGAACCCCUGAGUGAAAGAGAUCUUUCAGAAUAAAAUGGUUGGGUCCUCUGAUCAUCUUCCUGUGGAGAAGUGCCUGACUUUCCACUUGAGAAUUCUGUGGAGCAGUGAGCUUAAAAUUGGGAGCUUAUUCUUAAAGGGGGAAGCUCAAGUUGUCAUCAGUACCUCACUGCUUCCUGUAGAAUAUUCUUAAAUGAUUGGCCUCAUUUCCUCUAGAAUACCUGUAAGUGAUUGGCGAAGCUUCCCCAAGAAUAUCCUUAAAUGGUUGGCCAAGAUUCCCGAGAAUAUCCUUAAAAGGUCUGCCAUUGAAUUAACUUCUGCUGCCUCUCCAAUGUGAUAGAGCAUGAAGGAUAUUUCACAAUAUCAUAUUGGCAAGAAAAUAUUAAGCUGCAUGAUCUUCAUUAAUCUUGAUUAUGGAAUAGAUUCCCUCAUAAAGAUUUAACCUUAUGGAGAGGUAGGAAUAUUUUAGCUUCUUGCAAUAAUAUGAAAUCGGCAAUUUCAGAUCAAAUGAGAAUUGUCCAGCUUUCCUGAUCACCACACAUGUUGACUUCUAUGGAAUAUGAGGAAAAUACUACAAUCUUCCAGGUCAAAAUUGUUCAUUUCCCAAAUCACUCAAAGUGAAACUGACCUCCAUUAUUUCCUUACCAUAUUAUGGAAGUUUUAGUAGCCACCUUGCUUUGGAGCUCAUUAUUAUGUGCAAAACACUGGGCCAAAGUAAAUGGGUCCCUUUUGCAAUACAAAGAGUUUAAAAGAGAUUGUGAUCGGUGCAUUAGUACAAAAGGUGGGAGAUGAAGAACAUAAAUCUGUGUGCAACAGCUAUAUCCAACUUUGAACCAGGCAUUGUCUAUGGAAGGAUAUCAUGGCAGUUUGAUAGCAUCAGUCGGAAUUGACAUCUUGAGGCAAAAAAAACAAAUAUCCUGCACUAAUGAUAACAGGUAUUUUUCAGGCUUGGAAGGAGUCUGAGAUUUGAGGAAGGACGUUCUAGCUAUUGAGGGAGUGUAGCGUAGGUUCAUGAGGUUAAUUCCUGGGACUGUCAUAUGUUGAAAGAUUGGAGCGACUGGGGUUGUAUACACUGGAAUUUAGAAGGAUGAGAGGGGAUCUGAUUGAAACAUAUAAGAUUACUAAGGGAUUGGACACGCUAGAGGCAGGAAACGUGUUCCCGAUGUUGGGGGAGUCCAGAACCAGAGGCCACAGUUUAAGAAUAAGGGGUAGACAAUUUAGAACGGAGUUGAGGAAAAACUUUUUCACACAGAGGGUUGUGGUUCUGUGGAAUGCUCUGCCUUAGAAGGCUGUGGAGGCCAAUUCUCUGGAUUCUUUCAAAAAAGAGAUAGAUAGAGCUCUUAAAGGUAGUGGAGUGAAGGGAUAUGGGGAGAAGGCAGGAAAAGAGUACUGAUUGCGGAUGAUCAACCAUGAUCACAGUGAAUGGUGGUGCUGGCUCGAAGGGCUGAUUGGUCUACUCCUGCACCUAUUGUCUAUUGUCUAUUGAGAUGAAGCUCAGAACGGAACUUGGUAGACUUUAAAUGGCAAGAUAAUUAAAUGGUACAGAAUAAAGUGUAAAUUAUCUGGGAUACAGCAUUUAUCACCUAAUUGGAUGGUGGAACAAGCCUUGAGAGUGAAUGGUCACAUCCCCUGCCCACAUUCCUAUAUGGAGAGCUUGGACUAUAUAGUAUCCUUGGACAGGUACAGUGUCCCAAUUCACUGCAAGAGAAAAACAGAAGGAAAUUGUCAACAAACCUCUCAGGUGCUUGUGGUUAAGGAUGAAGCAAAAUCAGGCCAGCUUAGAAUCUGCAGACUCUGCCACAGGGAAGGCAGGGGAUGCUUGACUGGAUGGAUGGUAAUAUCAGUGGGUAUCAGCCUCCUGUAUAUUGGUGAGACCCGAUGUAGAUUGGGAGAGCACUUCGACAAGCACCUAUGCUCCGUUUGCCAGAGAACGCAGGAUCUCCCAGUGGCCACCCAUUUUAAUUCCACUUCCCAUUCCCAUUCCAACAUGUCAGUCCAUGGCCUCCUCUGCUGUCCUGAUGAGGCCACACUCAGGUUGAAGGAGCAGCACCUUAUAUUCUGUCUGGGUAGCCUCCAACCUGAUGGCAUGAACAUCGAUUUCUCGAACUUCCAAUAAUGCUCCAUCCCUCUCCUUCACCAUUCCCCAUUUCCAUUCUUCCUCUCACACCUUAUCUCCUUGCCUGCCCUUCACCUCACUCUGGUGCUCCUCCCCCUUUUCUUUCUUCCAUGGACUUCGGUCCUGUCCUAUCAGAUUCCCCCUUCUCCAGCUAUGUAUCUCUUUCACCUAUCAACUUUGCAUCAUCCCUCCCUCCUCCCAGUUCCACCUAUCACUUUGGGUUUCUUCCUCCCCUCCCCCCACCUCCUUACUCUGACCCCUCAUUUAUUUUUCCAGUCCUGAUGAAGGGUCUCGGCCUGAAACGUUGACUAUACUCUUUUCCAUAGAAGUUGCUUGCUGAGUUCAUCCUGCAUUUUGUGAGUGUUGGUUGGAUUUCCAGGGUCUGCAGAUUUUCUUUUGGUGGUGGGUGGAUGUGGGUGGUUUAUGCACUGAUGGGCUCCAGCCAUUUUCACUGAGCUUUUCUGUAUUCACUACAAAAGGACUGAAGACUCUCAAUACCUUCUUGGAUGCUGCCCUCCAUUUUAAUUGUUUUGAAACUAGGAAUUCUUGGUCGGUGAUUAUGUUAAUUUUUUCCAAGGAUGCUUUGAGCUCAUUCCUAAAGCGCUUCUUGUCCUCCCAGUAAUGUGUGGCUAUGGCUGCUGGUGGGCUCUCUUAUUGAUUCAGUUGGGUGUAAUUAGAGCCUCAGUGUUGGGGUUAAUCAGCCUGGGAGAGGACGCAGAUAAUGGUUCAUCUACCCUGCCAAUGGAUUUGGAGUUUCCUGUGGAGAGAUGAUUGCUGGUAAUUUCCAGUUCUCUGGGGCAUCUGCUAUAGGAACCAAAGGUGAGAAGUCACUGCUGCUUUGUGAUCUGAGAUCUUGCUCCUCAGACACUGGUCUUUGGAUGGCCAAAAGCUAUUAGCGCUCAGUAGAUAAUGCCAACGUCGGCAUUUGCUAUGGCGAUGGCGCGUGGGCUAGCUUUACAAGUAUCAUCGUUGUCAGGAGGCGGUGUGUGAUAGAGGCAAGUUGGUAAAGGACCCUUUUCUGCAAGUUGAGUGCAAGAUCCAUCCUCCCACAUACUUCACACCACGACAACUUAGAGCCUCAAAUCCGGGUGUUUACAUGUGAAAAUGUAUCUCUGUACUACUGCUCUGACUGAGGUGAACUUUGAUCUGGAUAUGCUGUAGGAUAAACAGUUCACAAUUGUUUUAUGGAAUAGCUUCAUUUCUAUGGAACUUGAAAGAUUAAUACAACAUUAAUGUGAAAAGAUAUUGGAGCGAUGAUAUACUGUAGCAAUUGUCUACACUGCAUGUCACAACCUACAAAGACACCACUGGACAUUCCAUAGAAGUUAGAAUUGAGGGUGACUUCCUGCUUUGUACUUGUAAACAGUCAGCUCCCAGGUCGAUUUACUUAUCAGCCGUGUGCACUUUUUUUUUGUAACUGUGUUUUUCAACCCAAAGAAAUUAGAGGAUGGGGUGGGUGAAUGGUUGACGGAAGACUUGUGGGUUUGAGGGCACUUGCACCACACCAUGAACCACUGUGCAUUCACAAGAUGUCCGUGCAACAAUUCCCCCCAAAAUAAUCCACCAGACUUUAACAUAUAGAGUUAUGCUUUUCCUAUAAAUAACCCCUUGUAAAACAGCGUAUUUAUUGACUUGCUUAUUAAAUUGGGUCACAAGUUAUUGCACUUUAGCUUUUCUUUAGAUUAAAUGUUGGUUGUGGAUAACUUAGUCUGCUAAUGGGAAAUUUCAACUCAUUAAUUAAUUUGCUGAUGUAAUUAUAAUUUCCAUCUUAAUUUACAUUGAAGCAAUUAUGAUAUUUUUGCUUGCAUCAUAGACCGGGGUGCUCUCUUCAGUGACCUGAUGAGGUAACCAUAGCUUUUGGCCAGGAGCAGAUGUUGGCAGGUGGUGCCCAACCUUCAUAGAAUGUUUCGACCCUUGACCACUACACUGUCUAGCUGGUGGGUCAGCAGUGGUGGCCAAGUCACUGCCCAUCUGCUCCUGACUUCCGGCUCAACUCCUCUUGCCUGCUCCAUAUCCAGCAAGAGGCUCUUGCAGCUUCCUCCCCAUCCUGUGAGCUGCUUGGUUCUUGCUCUUUUCAACAAGGCCCAGCACAGACAGCAACCCCCACGCUGACCUUCCCGGGAACUUUCUACAGCCAAUCUCUAUGGGGAAUAGCCAUGUCUACCAUCCUUUCUCCCUCUACUCCUGAACUAAAGAUUGGUAUAAAGUCCCUGUGAAAGUUUGCAGCAAUGUGUAGAGUGACUGAAUCAAUGGAAUAGGUAUUGAAAUAGAAUUAAUUGACUGGGAAAGUUUAGAUGCACGAUAAUUUAGUCUCAGAAUCUGCACUUUGGAAUAUUUGUGCUGUCAACACAAAUUGGUAUGAUGGACUCCCAGAGACUGUUUUCAGUGAUGUGCAGUAGAACAAGGCUGAACAGUUAUAAAAAUGGCUAAAUUUUCGAGGCUCUUUGGACUACCUUUGUAGAUUCACAGAUCACUAAUACUGAACAGAAUACUUCAUGAAAAUGCUGCAUAUCUGUAAUGAAGAGCGAAAGAGUAGGAAGUGCUCCAAAGGUCAGGAGAUCUGUGGGGAGAGAGGUGAACUGUCUAGAAUUUAUGAUCAAUGAAAAAUCACAUACCAGUUCCCAGACCCUUGGCCCUGUUUUCCUCUCCAUUCUAGUGUCAGCUGUUAAUUCAAUAGAAUCACUGGCAGGCAGUCAGUACAAUGCCAACAAACUCACUGAGAAGCUAGUCACAGACAGAAAACUGGAAAGGCCAUAAAACUAUAAGACAAUGGAUAGAAUUCAGCCCAUGAAACUUACUACACCAUUUGAUCAUGGCUACUUUAUGUUCCCUCUAAACUACAUUCUCCUGCCUUCUCUCCAUAAUCCCUGACACCCUUACUAAUCAAGAACCUAUCAACAUCUUCUUUAAAUAUACCCACUGACUUGGUUUCCAUAGCUCUGUGUGGCAUUGAAUUCCAUAGAUUCACCAUCCCCUGACAAAGGAAAUUCCUCCUCAUCUCUGUAUAAAGGGACGUGGUUCUGUUCUGAGGCUGUGCCCUCUGGUCCAGAAUCUUCCAUUAUUAGGUGUCCUCUUUUAAUAUUUGGUAGGUUUCAAUGAGAUCCACCCUAGUUCUUCUGGACUCCUGUGAGUACAGGUCGAGAGCCAUCAUGUGCUCACAUUAACCCUUUCAUUCCUGGGUUCAUUAUUUAUUUAUUGAGACACAGCAUGGAAUAGACACUUCCCGUCCUUCAAACCACGUCACCUAGCAACUUCCCAAUUUAAUCCUAGCCUAAUCAUGGGACAAUUUACAAUGCCCAAUUGACCUACCAACCGGUAUGUCUGUGGACUGGAAGGAAACUGGAGCACCCACAGGAAACCAUGCGGUCUUGUGGAGAAUGUAUAAAUUCCUUACAGGCAGCUGUGGGAAUCUUUGUGAACCUUCUCUGGACCCCCUCCCUCUAAGCCAGCAAAUCCUUUUUUAGAUAUGGUCCAAAGACAUUUGGGAUAAUUUUGCUUUGGAAAUUUGAAUGGGUAGAAUGAAAAACAUUGUGCAAAGGCUGUGGAGAAGAUUAAUUUAAUGAAAUGAAGUCCAUGAUAAUGGGGAUUGCUCGUCUAAAUUAGUGACAUGGAAGGAUUAGGGUUCACAAUAAGAUUUCUUACAGACAGCAAUGAGAAUCAGCCUCUGCCUUAAAUAUACCCAGUGACUUGGCGUUCAUAGCCUCUUGUGCAACAAAUUCCACAGAUUCACCACACUCUGGCACUUGGACUAGGGAACAAUAUGCAUCGCUGAAUUGAAACUUGGAAUCAUACAAUGAAGAAGAAAGCAAUUUAUUCCAUCUUGCUGUUAAUGGUUCUUUGAAGGAACAGUCCCAUUGCCCCAGUUUACUUUGCUCUUUCCCUGUGCAUAUUCAAGCUUAACGGGAACGUGUCUGUGUGUGCUGGCGAGGUCUAGAAUGCUUUUUGUACUAAACGCAUACCAAAUUCUUUCUGUGACUGACAAGGUAACUUGUCCUUUUGAAGAUAAAUGCCUCACAAAUAAUGCUACAAGAUUCUCUCCAUGAAUCAGAAUCAGGUGUACUAUCACUGACAUUGUAACGAGAGAGUUGUCAAUGGUGAUAAACCCAUGUGCAGAGUAAGGUCUAGAAUUAACUCAGAUUAGACUUGAACAAAACUAGACCAAUGAAAUCCAAAGGCAAAAUCACAAACAGUAGAACUAGAAAUAGAACUCUUAUGAUUGAGCCCUGAGUGCUCAGCAUGAGGCCUUUAAGGAGAGAUUUUCCAUGAAGGAGAUUGGCAGUCUGAGUGUUAAAGGGACAGCAGCAGCUAAGCAUCCUCUGGGGAAUUGGAGUGGCCAAACCUGGAUGCCUGCUGCUAUUUAGUUGGGACCAAGACAGACAUAUGUAAUGAGAUUCAUUGUUUUGUGACAGCAUUACAGUACAAAAUAAAAUUCCUCUGUUACAAUAAGAAAUACAUUUUUAAAAGGUCCAAAAAGAGAGAAUAGUGCAGUAGUGUUUAUGGAUUCAUGGAUCAUUCAGAAAUCUGAUGGAAGUGAAUCCUAAAUUGUUGAGCUCCCUACCUCCUCCCUGAUGGUGGUAAUGAGAGAAGGUCAUGUCUUGGAUGGAUGAGGAUGUCCAUAAUACUGAUAUUCUUUGGCUUUUCUGUUCAUAAUUUGAAAAGAAGGCAAGAUAUAUUUUAAGUAGCCCCUUUUACUGCCAAAUGAAAAGCGAACAACAUUCAUUGGGUGUGUUUUAUUGGCCAAUAGAAUUGGCUGACUGAUGUCCUAUAAAUAAAUCACAGGGUCAUCAGAUCUUGAGAAGCAUCAAACGGUUCUAAUGAAGACAAGAGGAGUUGAAUGAACUGUGCUCAUGCUGAAUUUUGUACGUCUUGCCUGCUCUAAAUUUAUUACAAGAAAUGACUCACUUUGCAUGGUGGGGUAUAAAACACAAUGUACACUCCUCCACUCUCUGUAAACUCUGAUUUAUGUAAGAACUAACUGCACUGAUUUCUCUUUAUCAUUGGUGCAAGCAUUAAAGGGGAUUAAACCAAA